CCACACACACACACAAAAGUAUUAUAUAUGCAUGAAGUAGCAAAAUAAAAGGACUAUUAAUAGAUCAAAUGCUUCUGAAAGAUGAAAAUACAUUAAUAAACAGAUUUUGUUUAUGAAAUUAUAUAUUUGUCGUUAUCUCACAGAACUACUUCUGCAAAUGCAUAUUCGCUGUGUACAUAUAUUGGAUUUUUUUAACAAAAUUCAAACACUAUUAUAAAUUAAUUUUAUUGAACUAAAUAUGUAGGCAUCAUUCUUUUUGAUAACUUGUCGCCAUCUCUCAACUAUAAUUGCAUAUCAUUCUGAUAAAAUGCUUAAUUUUUAUCAACAAGAAAUUUGUGAAUUUUGAAGUCCUCUAAAGAAUAAAACUGCAAACUGUAAAUUGAGGAAGAUAUGGGUCUGUUUUUUAUUCCUGCAUUGCUGAACUGGUGCAAUACGUUAAAGUGAGACAAGUAUAAUUUUUUCUCACUCUAACUUAAUUAUUGUACUAUUGUAAUCGAAUUCCUGUAAUUUUCAGCAACUUUACACUUCUGGAAUAUUCAUGCUAGGAGUACUCUUCAUUCAUUCAUUCAUUUAUUCAUGCAGCAUCCUCUUCCUGCGUAUAGCACGUAUCUUUUGUUCUCGCAUAUUUACCACAGGAGCACAGACACUUCUGCGUAAUGCAUAAAGAAACAAACCAAUCAGAAUCCUCCAUUUUCAUCCCCGGAAUGGAGAUGAAACAUAUUAUUCCUAUGCAAAAGUCUGUGCUCCCACCUUUGCGGUAAUAAAAAAAGUAUUAUGCACCAGAAAAACACGUUAUUUUCUUCUACUUUCAAAUUACUGCUAAAACAGUUGUUUUUACUCGAUUGCAAUCACUUUAUUCAGUAAAUAUGUGCUCAAGUGUCACCUUUUCGAGUGUCAUACACAUACACAUACACACACACACACCUGAUAGAUUUACCGUAUAUUUAGGGUACGUUCCACUUGAUGCUCAUCAUUCUAUCUUUCUUCAAUAUUCAAGUGAGCAAUGAGGACAGAAUGACGCUCGCGUCGUUGCUAGCGCCAAGUGGAACAUACCCAUGGUUGAAAGUUGAAGUGAACAGUAUCUGUUAAAAAAUCCGCAUGGACUUUCCGGUUAACCUAAUGUAAUCUACGCUACUUGAAAUAACGUAAUUUACGUCCAAGAAAUAAAAUUCAUUAUAAAAUAAAAAACUAUAUAUAAAAAUUUAUUACUCGGCGGAAUUAAGGAGUAAAAUAAAUAUACUUUUUUUAAAAAAAAGGAAAAGGGAAAUUUAAGUAAAAUAUUUUUGAAUUUGAAUCAUUUAAGUCGCGCAGAUAUGCAGAAAAAGGCCAGGAAAACGAGGCGCCAGCUUCUAGCGGAAAAGGCAGCGGCGCAACAACAGUUGAUCAACAAGGCAAACGCCUUGGCGAACCCUUUAGAGAAAUUACAGAAGUUUCAUGAGUAUACCACAAAGGAUAAUUGUACUGUAAAACUCUCUUGCAUCAGGGCAAGAAACGCUGAACCUGAAUGUCUCUUCUGGGUUUUCGAUAUCAUGGAGAGAAACAUGAAGAGUAUGUACGAACAGACUAGUUGGGGCUGGAACGCAGACGAGAAGCAAGCAGAAUUAACGGAGGAAACGUCUUGGUACUUGGUAGCAUCGUGUAAUGAUAAAUAUCUGGGUUUCUCACACUUUCGUUUUGAUGUCGACAAUGGUGACAUAGUGUUGUAUUGUUACGAAUUACAACUGGAACCAUUGGUCAGGCGCAAAGGGCUCGGUCGGUUUAUGAUGUUAGCUCUGGAAUCUGUAGCACGUCAGACCCAGAUGCUGAAAAUUGUCUUAACCGUCUUCAAGCACAAUCCGUCAGCGAUACAAUUCUUCUAUGCUCUUGGGUUUAAAUUAGACAGUACGAGUCCAUCAGCCUUGGCGAACGUAGACUACAUAAUCUUGAGUAAACAAAAUUUACAAGAAUAAGAAGCAAUGUACAUUGUACGCAAAAUAUUUUCUCUCUAAUUAAGACUGCGUUUUGUGAAAC